CUCGGCUGAGACACUUCCGGCCCGGCCGCCUGGGGGAAGCGGGAUGGGGACGGACACUUCCGGGAGCGAGGCGUGCGCGCUGGUGGUGCUGCUGUGUCCUGCGGAAAGCUGAGUCGGACAGGAAAGUGAAGCAGACAUAAGAAGCAAGUACAAAUCAUUUGCAUAUCCUGCACUUUAUAAAGAUGAAGAAGAAAAACCGAGAACAUAGCGAGAGCCUUGAAAGCAACAAAAAGAAAUGUAUGCAGAGUGUGGAAGUUUGCCCUCAUUCUCCUUUGCUCUUUGAAGAUCAAUCUUCCCAGGACAUUUAUGUUCAUAAAAAGAAAUCGAAAAAAAAGAAAACCAAGCAAGAGAAACAAGACUUUUGGCUAGAUAAUUCUUGUAUUGGUGGGACAUGUGAAGUUAAUAAUGAAACUGUAACAGAUGCUUCCAAAAAGAAAAUGAAAAAAAAGAAACGGAAACACAGUGAUAGUGAGCAGGAGCAAAAUAAUGUACUCUGUAUCCAUGUGAACCAAGAGAUGGACACGACUUUGGAGAGAGUUGAUUACACUUAUGUAAAUGCAUCUGCUAAGAAGAAAAAAAGAAAAAAGAAUUUGUCAGAAGAGCAGGAUGAGGUAAACAAACUGCCUGGCUUGUAUGCAUUUGGAAAUGAUUGCAGAAGCCAAAAAAAGAAAAAAAGAAAACAGUCCAGCCCCUGUGAGACACAAGAAGCCAGUGAUGAAACCUUUGCAUCAUCGUCUUUGUCAUAUUCAGGACAAAAUUCUACAUCCUCUCAAGAAAGGAAUGAUGAGGUUAUGAUGUCAGGGUCAUCUUCUAAAAUGAGCAUUCCCGUAGUGCCCAAAAAACGCCACAAAACCCAUAAAGGUGGAAAAUCCUCCAAAAAAGACAAGACUGAUAUGAGAGAGAUUUCUUCAGUAUUUGAUGAAAAUCCUCUGGAUGUGACUGCUGACAUUUCUAUGAUUACUUCAGAGGGUAAUAAUGGCUGUUCUGAAGAAACCAUAGUACCAGUUAGAAAUAUUGAUUUCCCUUUCCAAUCACACUCUGAACAAGCAACCUCAGAAGCUAAGAGAACGUUACCAGAGUCUGUGGCAUCUGACACUGAGGAACACCAGGAUGUUGGAUUUACAGAAUCGGAAAACUCUAUCAUGUUGAAUAAUGAAGAGUUCCUUGAAAGUUCCAAGUGUUCAGCAAUGGAUUUGGAGACUGUCAAAAGGAAAUUGGAGGAGUUCAUUCCUCAAGUGUGGACAUUGUCAGAAACAUCAAUCCUAAAGAUGGCUGGGAGAGACCUGAUCAGGUUUAAAAAGUUUAAAGAACAAGGUAUGCCUAUCAAGUUUGGCAGGUUUUCUCAGAAGGAAAAUACUCAAAUACAGAAGAACGUUGAAGACUUUUUAUCGCUUACAGAAAUAGAGAAUGCAGAGAAACUCUUAUUUACCUACCGGUACCCAGAAGAGCAACAAGCCAUCACCAAAUUGAAAACAAAAUAUGCUUUUGGUAUGAAGAUUGCUGAGGGGAUUCCACGGCCCUGGAAACAGGUAUAUUUUCGGGCAAGAAAGAUGUUUGACCCAAACAACUAUAAAGGGAGGUAUUCUGAGGACGAAAAAGAAAAAUUAAAGAAGUUUUAUGCUAUACAUGGCAACAACUGGAAGAAAAUUUCUGAGAUGAUGUCUCGCAGUACCCACUCAGUUGCUAUGAAGUAUUCUCAGAUUAAGUCCCAGGUUAAUUCUGGUCCUUGGAGUAAGGAGGAGACACAGAAGCUAGUUCAAGCAGUGAAGGAGACCAUUCAGAAGAGGGCUGAUUUGGAAGACAUACAAUUCUUGCUACAGGCAGAGAACUCAGAUGGAACUCUCUCAGUUGAACGUGAACAACUGUACAAGAACAUAUCUUGGACCGAGAUAGAAGCUAAAGUGGGAACCAGAUAUUGGAGACAGUGUAAACAGAAAUGGAUUUCAAUUGUAACAAAGAAAAUGUCCAAUGGGCAGAAUGUAUAUAGUGGGACUAAAGGUUUACAGGCCAAAAUCAAGCUUAUUAAAAGAUUGUAUGAAAUGAAGGUGGAAGACGCUAAUGAAGUGAACUGGGAAGAGCUCUGUGAGAUAAUUGGAGAUGUCCCUGAAGCUUAUGUUCAAGCCAAAUUUUACAAGUUAAAAGCUACCAGCGUCCCUUCUUGGCAAACAAAGACUUUUCCCGAAAUAAUCGAUUACCUUUAUGAUGAGACACUUCCAUUGCUUGAGAAAAGAUUAGAAAAAAGGCAGAAGAGGCCUCAGAGUUGUGACAUGUCGCCUUCCAGCUGCGAGAGAAAGGUUUUCCAGUUCAGCGAUAUCUUUGACUACAAUGAAGAUGAUGCUGAUGACAAUGACUGAUUAUCCUCCAAUAUGUUCCCUCUUUGUACACCCCCAAUAUGAAAAAUGGAUUUUGAUUAAACUGGGUUAAAUCAGAAACUGAAUGUAUAUGGCCAUGAAAUAAUGGGAAGAAUGAAGACACGCAAGUCUGCUUCUAUUGUUCUGUAUUGAAGAGAGAAGUAAAUACAGAUUAUUUUUUGCAGUAUCUUUGUUAUUAGAGACUUUUAACCUUAUCUUCAGAUUGUUUGAGGAAGCUAAAGGUCACUUUGUAUUGGACUUGUGGAAACACUGAAAAACAAUAUUUUUUUCUUAAUAUUUCAUUCAUUACAAAUUUGCUUAAAGUCCUGGGUAAGCCUGUCUGAAUGAAUUUAGGUUUUCAGCAUUCUAAUGUCAAGUUAGGAUCUUCUUUUUUUAAAAAAAUUGCCUUAAAAAAAAAAAGUCUGUGUAAGGAGAAUUUUUUUUAAUUUGCUGUGUUCAGUAUGUAUUUAAAAAAAUGCAACAAACUGUUUAGGUAAGUA